AUGACGAUCACUCUUCACGAUGUUUCAUUCCUGCUCCAGAUUCCAGUUGAUGGAGAGUUACUUGCUGCACCAGCUAAGGAUUUGCAGAUAGUUAGUAAGUAUGCAUGGGGUGCUGGUGUGCUUGCCUGGAUGUAUAGGCAGCUUGGGAGAUCUAGUCGAGCAGGAUCUAAAGGAUUUUCUGGGUGCUUGACCUUGUUACAGGCUUGGAUCUAUGAGUAUUUUCCAUCGUUGCGCAUUAACAGAGCUGCACCACAGACCGUGGCACAGGGAGACCCAUUGGCUAGGAGGUGGGAGGGUCCCGUUCAUGGAGGGGGGCCUAGUGAGGUUCCACGACGGUUGGAUCAUUAUCGUCGACUGUUGGAUGGCUUUACAGCGGACCACGUGGACUGGCUUCCUUUUGGUGCCCACCCUGGCCGUGCGGUACCUAGAUCUUUGUAUCGGGGGGUGAUACGUAUCUAUGACGUGACUGAGGCCUACGAUCCCUCACGCACUCUCCGUCAGUUUGGGUAUAGACAGGUGAUCCCUGAUCCUCCUAUUCGACCAUCUCGUGUCAGUCGACCUGCUGUAGGGACCUAUAGGGUCGUUUUUGGGGCCGACCUCGAUCAGCUUUGGAGGUCUCGUGGUCAGCUGAUCAAUUUGGAUGCCUACUCUACACCUUUUGACGACACAGGAUCCGUUGACCCAGAGUACCUUAAGUGGUACACUUUGCGCACUCACCCUUGCAUUGUCCCCCCCAGAGAUGGUGAGCAGCAGGAGGUGGCGUUGUUGACGUAUGAGAUGGUUAGUUUCUAUGUUUUUCCCCUAUUGGUAAAUUUUAUUUAUAACAUUUUAUACUACUGUGGUAUGAUAUACUAA